GGGGGGGGGGGGGCGGCGCCGCUCCGGCCCCGCCGCAUCCGGUGCCGCGGGAGGAGGCGGCCGCGGGGCUCCAUGGUGACGGCGCAGGUUUCUAGCACUGGAUCAGCCAUUGAUCAGAACACGCCAGCCACAGACCUGCUGUCAUGUCUAAGUUAAAGAGCUCUGAGUCUGUUCGGGUGGUGGUACGAUGCCGGCCAAUGAACAGCAAAGAGAAGGUAGCUUCGUAUGAAAAAGUCGUUAACGUGGAUGUCAAAUUAGGGCAGGUCUCAGUGAAGAAUCCGCGGGGAACAUCUCAUGAACUGCCUAAAACUUUCACCUUUGAUGCUGUGUACGACUGGAAUUCCAAACAGGUUGAACUCUACGAUGAGACCUUCAGACCUCUCGUGGACUCUGUUCUGCAAGGUUUUAACGGGACAAUCUUUGCGUAUGGGCAGACUGGAACGGGGAAAACAUAUACGAUGGAAGGGGUGCGUGGUGAUCCUGAAAAAAGAGGGGUCAUCCCCAAUUCAUUUGAUCACAUCUUCACCCACAUCUCUAGAUCCCAAAAUCAGCAAUACCUAGUUAGAGCUUCUUAUUUGGAAAUAUACCAAGAAGAAAUCAGAGACUUGUUAUCAAAGGAUCAAUCCAAACGGCUGGAGUUAAAAGAGAGGCCAGAUACAGGUGUAUAUGUUAAGGAUUUGUCCUCCUUUGUUACAAAAAGUGUCAAAGAGAUAGAGCACGUCAUGAACGUGGGAAACCAAAAUCGCUCAGUUGGUGCCACCAACAUGAACGAACACAGCUCUCGAUCUCAUGCCAUUUUUGUGAUCACUAUUGAAUGCAGCGAGUUGGGACUUGAUGGAGAGAAUCACAUCCGUGUUGGAAAACUCAACCUGGUAGACCUUGCGGGCAGCGAGCGCCAAGCUAAGACUGGAGCACAGGGGGAAAGGUUAAAGGAAGCUACUAAAAUCAAUCUCUCUCUUUCAGCUUUGGGCAACGUUAUAUCUGCCCUAGUAGAUGGCAAAAGCACACACAUUCCAUACCGGGACUCAAAGCUAACUAGGUUACUUCAAGACUCAUUAGGUGGCAAUGCCAAGACUGUGAUGGUGGCCAAUAUAGGCCCUGCCUCGUACAACGUAGAGGAGACUCUUACAACACUAAGGUAUGCCAAUCGUGCCAAAAACAUCAAGAACAAGCCGAGAGUGAAUGAGGAUCCUAAGGAUGCUCUGCUACGCGAAUUCCAGGAAGAAAUUGCUCGACUCAAGGCACAGUUGGAAAAACGGUCUAUUGGCAAAAGAAAGAGGAGGGAAAGGAGAAGAGAGGGUGGGGAAGAGGAGGAGGAUACUGAAGAGGGUGAGGAUGAAGGAGACGACAAAGAUGACUAUUGGAGGGAGCAACAAGAAAAGCUGGAGAUUGAAAAGAAAGCUAUUGUUGAGGAUCACAGCUUGGUAGCAGAAGAAAAGAUGAGACUGCUGAAAGAGAAAGAAAAGAAAAUGGAGGACCUGCGACGAGAGAAGGAAGCAACAGAAAUGUUGAGUGCUAAAAUCAAGGCAAUGGAAAGCAAACUUCUGGUGGGAGGAAAAAAUAUUGUGGAUCAUACAAAUGAACAGCAGAAAAUCCUGGAACAGAAACGACAGGAAAUUGCAGAACAGAAACGUCGGGAGCGAGAAAUCCAGCAGCAGAUGGAGAGUCGGGAUGAGGAAACACUAGAGCUGAAGGAGACCUAUAGUUCUCUUCAGCAAGAGGUGGACAUAAAGACCAAAAAACUCAAAAAGUUAUUUUCCAAGCUGCAAGCUGUGAAGGCAGAGAUCCAUGAUCUCCAAGAAGAGCACAUCAAGGAGCGCCAGGAACUGGAGCAGACCCAGAAUGAACUUACCAGGGAACUAAAGCUAAAGCACUUGAUUAUUGAAAAUUUUAUUCCUUUGGAAGAAAAGAAUAAGAUCAUGAACAGAUCAUUCUUUGAUGAAGAGGAAGACCAGUGGAAACUGCAUCCCAUAACCCGGCUGGAUAACCAGCAAAUGAUGAAAAGACCGGUGUCUGCUGUAGGAUACAAAAGGCCACUAAGCCAGCACGCCAGGACGUCCAUGAUGAUCCGUCCAGAAGCUCGGUACAGGGCAGAGAAUAUUGUAUUACUGGAACUUGACAUGCCUAGCCGAACAACAAGAGACUAUGAAGGACCAGCCAUUGCUCCCAAAGUUCAGGCUGCUCUAGAAGCAGCUCUGCAGGAUGAAGAUGAGAUACAGGUGGAUGCUUCGACCUUUGAGAGCACUUCAAAUAAAAAAACAAAAGCCAGGCCUAAAACUGGAAGGAAAUCAGGGGGAUCCUCUUCAGCAGGCACCCAUAGUUCUCAGCUCUACCCACAGUCCCGAGGGCUGGUUCCAAAGUAAAACCAGCAAUUCCUCUCCAGGGCGUGAACAGCCUUUGCCUUCUGAGAGCAGAGACAAGUAAAAACCUGCAGAGAGACCUCCCAGCCAGACUCCAACCCCUUUCCCCUGGAGGUGGCCUCUUUGCUGUUUAACUGACUUGUGCCAGUCCAGGUGCACUGAGCCACAGGAAGAUACGUGCUUGCAAUUCAGCAUUUGGCCUCUGUGGGAAACAGAUUUUAGUUAGGAAAUCAGAAAUGCAUGAGGUACGUUACAGUGUAUUAGAAGCAAUGGGAAGCAUGGGGAUCACCUCACAGCAUCACCGUCUCUCCUUCUGCACUAGCCCUUUUGCUGCACUGGGCUUUUUUGCUGUUGGGCAAUAAGAAGACAGAGUUGAAAGUCAUCUCAACAGAACCACCGCUCCAGAGCUUCAUAGUGAGAACCAAAUGAGGUUAAAAAGCAAAGGAUUUAUCCAAACCUGGCUAGGUGCACAGUUUUUCCUCCUCCUGCUUGAGAGGCUGGCAUCAUCCUUUGGGGUUAAGAAGUUGGUCUGACCAGGCAGAAUGGCAGCUGUCAGCAUGUAUUCACCACCAGGCAGCUGUGCCUCCCUUUAGAAGUGUAGGACAAGAAGGGGUCUUGAAAGCAACUUUGUACUCUGUAGAAAGGAAGCAAUAGAAAUUGAAGUCCUUUACUUGUUUACAGGCAUAAGUAAGAGCUCCUCUAAACUGACCUCCUGCAGACCUCACCCCUACCAACAGGAACCACCUUGUCAAAGAAUUCAUCUGCAUACCAGUGCCAGCUCCACAGCUUUCUUCCUCUCUGUUGCCUCCAUCCUUACCCCUGGCAUUUGAAACCAGUCUCCACACCAAGUCUGAACGGGGGGGGGGCGGCGCAUGGCCGUUUUCUCAAAUCUCCCACUGUUCACAGGAAACGUAGUGUGGGCAUGGAGCUAACUGCCUAGCAGGCUCACAGGGCUGACUCUGCUCUCCCCUGUAAGCUGGGUAGAAAGUAGAGCACCUUAAUGAGAAGCUGGCUUUUGAGUGCACUGUUCUUGUAAGUAUGGCCCCUCCGAAGUGUCUAAGGAGGUUCAGCAUACGGUACCCCUUGUGCCUCACCCGUGUCACGUUAGAGGUUUUUCCUUUGCACCUCCUGGACCGUGCAGGGCCCGGUGGGAGUGAAAGCAGAUAUAACCGAGUCUGGGUAACGGAUUCUGGCAUUAAAUCCAGGGGCUGUACUUUGAAAACAAGGGAGGAAGAACUCCUGCUUUUGACGGUCUCUCUGCAAGCUGCCCUAUGACUAAAGCAGGCUGCUGUAAUGCUGCAGGCUUGUGUGGCAGGGUUGAGGGAGAUGGAACUGCCGUGUUGAAGACAGAGUAAGGUGUCCCUGUCUAGUGUCUCGCAGCUCAUUUGUAAGUUUUAGUUCAUUGUAUAUUGAGACUUGGGAUGUUAUUUUUUCUGGUUGCUGUUGGCUGUCACCCUAUGAAUGUUUUUACCUGUUUCCUCUCCUUCACUGAUGACUUUCUCCAGACUGACAUGUGUGAGUGUAUGAGGACUUGCCUGGUUUUAGAAAUGCUCUGAUAUAUGGACUCUGCCUUGUGUGCUCGUUACGUAUCUGCUGAGUGACUUCAUCCAGGCUGGAGAACUCCAUUUUGCCUGACCCCCAUGAGCAGAAGGAACUGCACACUCAGCACAGCUCACCUCUGCAUCUUGCGGGCAUGGUGCCUCGGUGAGCCAGCUGCCCAGGUGGGCCCCGUUAAACUCCAGGUCAGCUGCUUUGGUUCAUGGAGUGCUUUUCUGGAUCACGAGAUCAACACACACACACACACAUAUAUUUUAGUUUUGGUGGAGGAAAGGAGUUUGGCCAUAACUGAGAGCAAUCACCAGACAAAUUUCAACCAGAACAUGGAAAGCUGGUAUAAUCUUCCUUUUUAUAAAGCACUGUUUAUGUACAGAGAGCCUUUUACUUAGCUCUUGUUGUAUAAUGUAACGUCAACUUCUCUUCCCUCUCCUCCGUCUCUCCCUAGCACAUAAUAUUCUGUACCUUGACAUUUUAAAAGAUGAUUGUAUGCUGUAAGUGCUCAGAGAACUGAAGUGAAACAAGGGGUUCUACAACCUGUAAUAGCAACGUAAUAUAUAUACGCAUACACGUACACACCUACGUGUAUGUAUGUUUCAUGGGAAGAUGCAUACACAGCCACAUGUGUUUGCACAUGCGCACACUGCCUCAGUUACUUCUGUUCCAUAGGGAAUCCUAUAUUAAACUCAUAUGC